UUUAUUUAUUGUUUAACUGAAUGUGUGGUUUCUUCCUUCUUCCUCUGGAUGCAGACAACAACUUUCAGCCAUUUUUUUCAGGGGUUGUUGUUGAGCCUAACAAGACAACUGUUCCCAGGUCGACGCAGAGCGGUACCUUCCGGUGAACCUAGAGCUAGUUUGGAGGAGGGUAAAAUGAUCCCAGAUCAGUGUCUGUUUCGGUGUCAGGUCUGCUCUCGCGCUGCUCGCAGAGAGAGCGUCAGCCUCGCGAUAGCCUCGCCUAACCGACCCUAGAAUCAAAGCUCCGCUCGCGAACUGGAUGCUGACAGGCGCGCGCGCGGUGCGGUCAUCAUGCAAAGGUUACAUUGGAUCCCUGUCAAGAAGCCGCUCCCCCGUAGGACCCUCUCGGGUGACAACAUGCAAGACGUCUAGCGGCGACGACGACGGGACUGACAGCCCCCCCUUUCCUCCUCCUCUUCCUCCACUAUCCCUCCUCUCCCUCGUCUUUCGCCGGUGUGUUCGUCUGCGGCAGGUGUCCAAAAACGAUGGACGCCGUAAGUUUGAGAUUUCCGCAAACGGCAGUGCGUGCGCUGGCUCCUCUCGGCGGUAAAGUGGCUUCAUGAGUGUCCAAAGUAACAGUGGAAGUGGUGGUGGAAGUUUGGAGGCGACGCCAUCUUGGUCACAGCUCUCCUCGUCCCCUACGAUUUCUCAACAACACAUAACGGCGUCCGCAAAGAUCAAGGAAGGAGCAAUGGAGGAGCUGCACAGCUUGGACCCCAGGAGGCAGGAGCUGCUGGAGGCCAGGUUUACAGGAGCUGUCAGCGGCAAUACGGGAGGCAGCACUGGGAGCGCCAGUGGAGGUGCUAAGGGUCUGGCCAAUGAAUCCUCAAACCACAGCUAUGGAAGUCUGGGUUCAUCCAGUGACAAGGAGUCAGAGACCCCAGAGAAGAAGCACUCUGAAACUUCCAGGGGCCGGAAGAGGAAAGCCGAUACCUAUUCUGACAGCAGUCAAGGUAUGCUGUGUUUAAAUGGUGGGAUUCAAGCUAGCAUAAUUCCCCAGCAGCUUCCCUUUGAAAUGCAUUUAUUUAUUCUUUUUUUUUUUUUCUGGUUUUCAGGGAAGACUUCUACACGCGGGCCCAAAAUCAGUGACUUUUUUGAUUUUCAGGGUGGGAAUGGGUCCAGUCCAGUAAGAGGGCUUCCAUCAGCCCGCCGCUCCCCACAGAGCUCACAGUCGGCACCCGGCUUAAUCAUUCGUCAGAACAGUUCCUCUCCCACCAGUCUGUGUUUUGGGGAGCACACUCUCAAAGCCUCUUUAAGCAAAUGCAUCCAGACGGAGCUGACGGGCCUGAAACUCGCUGCCCUGGAGAGCAACAAGAGUCUGGACCUGGAGAAAAAAGAGGGGCGAAUAGAUGACCUGCUGAGAGCUAAUUGUGACCUUCGGAGACAGAUUGAUGAACAGCAGAAACUCCUGGAAAAAUACAAGGAGAGACUCAACAAGUGCAUCACCAUGAGCAAGAAGCUGCUUAUAGAGAAGAGCACCCAGGAGAAGCAGUCGAGUCGCGAGAAGAGCAUGCGAGAUCGCCUGCGGCUAGGCCACUUCACCACAGUCCGACACGGCGCCUCCUACACAGAGCAGUGGACCGACGGAUAUGCAUUCCAGAACCUCAUCAAGCAACAGGAGAGCAUCAACCAGCAGAGAGAGGAAAUUGAGCGGCAGAGAAAGCUGCUAGCUAAGAGAAAACCGCCGAACCCUGCAUCUCCCUCACUGUCGCUGGCCUCAACGUCUGAACCGAAACAACGCAAAACUAAAGUGGUGAACGGCAACGACUCUGACCCCUUUCUCAAGCCCUCUCUGCCCCAGCUACUGACCCUUGCUGAGUAUCAUGAGCAGGAGGAAAUCUUCAAGCUGAGGCUCGGACACCUAAAAAAGGAGGAAGCUGAGAUCCAAGCAGAGCUGGAGCGGCUGGAACGAGUGAGGAACCUUCACAUCAGGGAGCUGAAGAGGAUAAACAACGAGGACAGCUCGGCUUUCAAAGACCAUCCCACUCUGAAUGAGAGAUACCUGCUGCUGCACUUGUUGGGCAGGGGUGGCUUCAGUGAAGUCUACAAGGCAUUUGACCUGUUUGAACAGCGCUACGCAGCCGUCAAAAUCCACCAACUCAACAAGAACUGGAGAGAGGAGAAGAAGGAAAACUACCACAAGCAUGCAUGCAGAGAGUACCGGAUACACAAGCAACUGGACCAUCCCAGAAUAGUCAAACUGUACGACUAUUUCUCCUUAGAUACUGACACGUUCUGUACAGUCUUGGAGUUCUGUGAAGGGAACGACUUGGACUUCUACCUAAAGCAAAACAAGUUAAUGUCAGAGAAAGAGGCCCGCUCCAUCGUCAUGCAGAUCGUCAGCGCCCUGCGCUACCUUAAUGAGAUCAAACCACCCAUCAUCCACUAUGACCUCAAACCAGGUAACAUCUUACUGGUGGACGGUACAGCAUGUGGUGAAAUCAAAAUCACGGACUUUGGUUUGUCAAAAAUAAUGGAUGAUGACAACUAUGGGGUGGAUGGGAUGGACCUUACGUCACAGGGAGCGGGGACCUACUGGUACCUCCCACCAGAGUGUUUUGUUGUGGGCAAAGAACCACCGAAGAUCUCCAACAAGGUGGACGUCUGGUCAGUGGGAGUGAUCUUCUUCCAAUGUCUCUACGGACGCAAGCCGUUUGGUCACAAUCAGUCGCAGCAGGACAUCCUCCAGGAAAACACCAUCCUUAAAGCCACAGAGGUCCAGUUUCCAGCUAAACCGCAGGCCAGCACAGAGGCCAAGGCGUUCAUCCGGCGCUGUCUGGCCUAUCGUAAGGAGGACCGCUUCGACGUUCACCAGCUGUGCUCAGACUCAUACCUCCUCCCUCACAUGAGACGCUCUAACUCCUCGGGCUCGCUGCAGUCCUCCGCCUCAACCGUUCCCACCUACUGACUUAACGAAGCGACGGGGCCCUCAGGUCCAUCUUAACGGCAUUGGAGGAUAAUAAAUGUGCAACUCUUUUUCUUUUUUCUUUUUUUUUUUUGCCAGAGAUGUUUCAAGAUUAGAUAGUUUAGCAAAAAAAAGUAAAAUGGAAAAUGAAAGGAUAUUUUUGCCUUCUGCCAAAAUAAACAAAAAAAAAAAAAAGUUGCUCUUGAACUCUAUUGUGACACAGAGAGAAGAGGCAGACUACAGAAAAAGGCUGAAAAGAAGGAAAAUGGAGAUGAGAAUUGCAGAACAGAGUGCACCAAGUUUUUCUGCUUUAACCCUUAGAAAAUAUGACCCCGCCCCCCGCGCCAUCCUCUAGUUGCACUCUCCCAAAUCCACUCUGCAUUCAUCUCUACAUACUCGCAUAGUAAUAUACUUAACCAGAAGACUAUAACGCAAAGCCUUUGUGAGCAGCAGUAGGUGUGGAAAUGCUCCCUUCAUUUCACGGACGCACGAGGAAUCACCGAAUCUCAUCAGACUUCCUCUGAACAGCAACCUGGACUCAUUUUAAGUGACGCUGUAACUUUGAUGGGAUUGAAUUUGCACUUCCAGCCAAGGUCUCCAAGCGGAUUUGCUUAUCUGUCUUAAAUAUUUUAUUUUCUUGUUGCUCAGGCAAAAAAUCCGAAUGUCUGAGAGCAAGGUGUUGCAAUACGACGCCACGCCGGCGUUUCUGCAGACGGAGGCUGCCGUCAGGACGCAGAGGUCAUUGUACAUUUCAUGUUCAGGAGGCGUUACUCACUAUAGCAGAUAUAUUCUAACAAGGCUUCUCCUCGCUUCCUUAGUGUCCCCAGUCUGUUUAUUUCCUCUCUAAAGCUGUUCUCAGUUCGCUGCUAUAACUGUUGCUUUUAGUUUGUUUUAACACGUGAAUGAAUUUCUCCUUGCAUCCAUGCAUACUUGAACAUUAAGAGGAAAUUUCCAGAGCCUGUGUUGUUUUGAAGGAGUGCCAGAUUAUUUUUUUUUUCCUUUUCCUCUUCUACGGCCAACAUCAAAUGUCUCCUCAGAUUUCUGUUUGCUUAAUGGCUUAGAAGACCUAGUGUGCUGUGGCGUGAGGAAUAUUCCCACCUGUCAACAUCAGAGGAUGGGGAGAAAAGUUACUAACUUCAGCGGGAAAAACAAAUGGAUGUAUCCAAAAUGUUGUCAUGGUGUAAAUAAAGAACUCUUACCUGUACGGUGAUGUGA